CUAAAAAGAAGUUGGGAGGGUAAGAUCGUCAACUCAAAAUAGAAUCGAUCGCUUAUUUAUAAACUACAAUUCACUCAUCACGCGAUUAGGGAAUCGAGGAAGAAACAAAAAGAAACAUGGUGGAUCAGCUAACGGAUGACCAGAUCUCCGAGUUUAAGGAAGCCUUCAGCCUAUUCGACAAGGACGGAGAUGGCUGCAUCACCACAAAAGAGCUCGGCACUGUCAUGAGAUCACUUGGUCAGAACCCAACUGAAGCUGAGCUCCAGGACAUGAUCAACGAGGUUGACGCUGACGGGAACGGAACAAUUGAUUUCCCUGAGUUCUUGAACCUCAUGGCCCGCAAGAUGAAAGACACUGAUUCUGAGGAAGAGCUUAAGGAAGCCUUCAGGGUUUUUGACAAGGACCAGAACGGUUUCAUCUCCGCCGCUGAGCUCCGUCACGUCAUGACUAAUCUUGGUGAGAAGCUCACUGACGAAGAAGUUGAUGAGAUGGUCCGAGAGGCUGACGUCGAUGGUGAUGGCCAGAUCAACUAUGAUGAGUUCGUCAAAGUUAUGAUGGCAAAUAAACUUCGGAAAUGCGCAACUAACAAGAAGAAGAAGACAAAGAAGAAGAAGACAAAGAAUGCAAAACAAAAUGAGAAACAAAUGAUCCGACAGAAACCCGCGGAUUCCGAAUCACACUGCAUUCCUGUUCCUAGCUGUAUGCUUCGCUUUUGCUACCGCCCUUCUUUCAGCUCAAUUCUAUAGCACUAGUAGCUGCUG